AUGAUGGGCUCAAAGGUAUUUGUCCACUAUGUUGGCACUCUUGAAAACGGCGACAAGUUUGACUCUUCGCGCGAUCGCGGCGACCUUUUUUCCUUUGAACUUGGAGCUGGCCGCGUGAUCAAGGGCUGGGAUGAAGGUGUUUCGACGAUGCGCGUCGGUGAAAAGUCCAAGUUUACCAUCAAGUCGCACAAGGCCUACGGCGAUGCCGGCUCACCCCCCAAGAUUCCCGGCGGCGCAACUCUGGUGUUUGAGAUUGAGCUCUUCCGCUGGUCCAAUGAGGAGGACGUGAGCACGCAAAAGGAUGGCUCCUUGCUCAAGGCUAUCUUGAGCCGUGGCGAGGGCUACAAGACCAUCAAGGAACUCACCAACGUCACAUUUUCGUACACUGUCACCCUGAAGGAUGGCGAUAAGGUGGGAUUGGCAUUGUGGGGGUGGAAAUAUGACGAGGAUUUGCCUUUCCCCGGCCUAGAGGCAGCCCUCAAGACCAUGAAGGACAAGGAAACGGCCAAGUUUACAAUUGCGCCCGAGCACGCCUUUGGCAGCGAGGGCAGCACAGAACAUCAGGUGCCGGCCAACGCAACCCUUGUGGCCGUGAUCAAGGUGCACCAGGUGGAGUUUGCCAAGGAGACCUGGGAUCUUUCCAGCGAGGAGAAGGUUGCCGCUGCCGAAACCCUGCGAACGGCCGGCAACAACUUUUUCAAGGCAGGCGAUUUUGCGCGUGCUCUCCGCCGUUACACCAAGGCCGUCGACCAUUUGAAAUCGGACCACGACUUUACCGAGGAGCUCAAGGCGGAGGCCAAGCAGAAGCGUGUCGCCUGCUACUCCAACAUGGCGCAGUGCGCCCUUAAGACAAAGGAGUUUACCAAGGCUCGUGAGCAUGCCGAUGCGGCGCUGGAGCUCGACCCUCAAAAUGUCAAGGCGUUGUAUCGUCGGGCCAUGGCUCUGCAUGAGAUGUCCGAGUGGGAUCAGGCUGCGGCGGAUUGCCAACAAAUCCAGACUUUGGACAAGGACAAUACUAGCGCAGCCGCCCUCUUGAAGAAGGUUAAGGCCAAGCAGCAUGCCUACAAUCAGAAGCAGAAGGCCUUGUUCAAGGGACUCUUCAAACGUCGCCCAAGUCCGGACCAGCAGUUGGCUGCAGCGCACCUGGAAGCGCCUGCUUCGUCCACUCCCUUGAAACCUUGA